GGGCGGGGUUUUGUCAGACCUGGCAACCCCGCUCCGCCACCGGAAAGCGUCUCCAGCACCGCGAUCCGCCGCAGAAAGCAUCAUGACUGACAGCGUCCAGCUUUAUUUCUACAGGUGAAGGCAGAAGGUGCGUGAGCUGAGCAGCAUGGACCCGUGUGAAGACCCAGAGGCCCCUCCCUCUGGAUCCACUCAGCCCGGAGGACCCAAGGGUCAAAGGAAGCGGAGAGACAGGUCGAUUGAUCGUUCCGUUGGUUUUAAAGCAGACCGGCCGUCUAAAAAGAGGAAGUCACCAGAACCAGAACCUGGGCCCAGCUGUGUGUCCCUGCAGGGCGACAGGUCGAUUGGUCGUUCCGUUGGUUUUAAAGCAGAACGGCCGUCUAAACAGAGGAAGGAACCAGAACCAGAACCAGAACCUGCGCCGGAUUCUUGUCCCAGCGGUGUCUCCCUGCGGAGCGACGUGUCAAAGGGCUUUAUAAUUGACUUCAGAGAGGACCAGCAGAGCCCAGAGGGUCACAGUGGUCCAUCUACCCAGAGGCAUCAAGCGCAGCUGGACUCCAUAUUUAUGGAGCUGGAACAAGACAUGGUCGCUUUUUUGAAGGGCGAGCUGAAGGAGUUCAAGAAACUUCUGAGUCCAGAUUACCCAGAAUGCUCAGAGAGUCAGGGGGAAGAUGAGGAGGGGUUGAAGGGUGAGGAUGAAGAUGAAGAUGAAAAGGGGAGGAGGAGGAGGAGCAGAGAGGCCUUGCUUAACGUCACUGUGAACUUCCUGAGGAAGAUGAAGCAGGAGAAGCUGGCUGAACGCCUGCACAACAGUUCUCCUAUCAACUGCCAAAGUAAUCUCAAAACCAACAUGAAGGAAAAAUUCCAACAUGUCUUUGAGGGGAUCGCUAAAGCAGGAAAGCCAACCCAUCUUAAUCAGAUCUAUAUAGAACUCUACAUCACAGAGGGAGUCAACCGAGAACAUGAGGUCCGACAGAUUGAAACAGCAUCCAAGAAACCACACAGACCAGAAAACACAAUCAUACUAGAAGACAUCUUUAAAGUCCCACAUGGAAGAGAUCGACCAAUCAGAACAGUGAUGACAAAUGGAGUGGCUGGCAUUGGGAAAACGGUCUUAACCCAGAAGUUCACUCUGGACUGGGCUGAAGGCAAAGUCCACCAGAACAUCCACUUCAUAUUUCCAUUCACCUUCAGAGAGCUGAAUGUGCUGAAAGAGAAAAAGUUCAGCUUGGUGGACCUUGUUCAUCACUUCUUUACUGAAACCAAAGAAAUACGCAGCUUUGAACACUUCCAGGUUCUGUUCAUCCUUGAUGGUCUGGAUGAGAGUCGACUUCCUCUGGACUUCCAGAACCAGGAGAUCCUGACUGAUGCUACAGAGUCCACCUCAGUGGAUGUUCUGCUGACAAACCUCAUCAGGGGGAAACUGCUUCCCUCUGCUCUCAUCUGGAUAACCACACGACCUGCAGCAGCCAAUCAGAUCCCUCCUGAGUGUGUUGGCAUGGUCACGGAGGUCAGAGGAUUCACUGACCCACAGAAGGAGAAGUAUUUCAGGAAGAGAUUCAGAGAUGAGGAGCAGGCCAGGAGGAUCAUCUCCCACAUCAAGUCAUCAAGAAAUCUCCACAUCAUGUGCCACAUCCCAGUCUUCUGCUGGAUCACUGCUACGGUUCUGGAGGAGAUGUUAGAGACCAGAGAGGGAGGAGAGCUGCCCAAGACCCUGACUGAGAUGUACAUCCACUUCCUGGUGGUUCAGACCAAAAUGAAGAAGGUCAAGUAUGAUGGAGGAGCUGAAACAGAUUCACCCUGGAGUCCAGAGAACAGGAAGAUGAUUGAGUCUCUGGGAAAACUGGCUUUUGAUCAGCUGCAGAAAGGAAACCCCAUCUUCUAUGAAUCAGACCUGACAGAGUGUGGCAUCAAUAUCAGAGCAGCCUCAGUGUACUCAGGAGUGUUCACACAGAUGUUUAGAGAGGAGAGAGGGCUGUACCAGGACAAGAUGUUCUGCUUCGUCCAUCUGAGUGUUCAGGAGUUCCUGGCUGCUCUUCAUGUUCAUCUGACCUUCAUCAACUCUGGAGUCAAUGUACUUGAAGAAAAACAGACAAUUCUCCCAAAGUUUAAAACAGAAAAACUCAAAGAAGAGCACUUCUACCAGAAUGCUGUAGACAUUACCUUAAAAAGUCCAAAUGGGCACCUGGACUUGUUCCUUCGCUUCUUUCUGGGUCUUUCAUUAGCAACUAAUCAGAAUCUCUUGAAGGACCUGUUUACACAAACAGGGCCUAGCUCAGAGACCAAUGACACAACAGUCAAAUACAUAAAGAGGAGGACGAGUGAGGAGUUGACCGCUGACAAAAUCAUCAAUCUUUUUGACUGCCUUAAUGAAAUGAAUGAUCUCACCCUAGUUAAAGAAGUCCAACAGUUUCUGAGUUCAGGAAGUCUCUCCACAAAUACACUGUCUCCUGCUCAGUGGUCGGCUCUGGUAUUCAUCUUACUGUCCUCAGAAGAAGAUCUGGAUGACUUUGAUUUGAAGAAAUUUUUCAAUUCCAAUGAGGCAUUUUUGAAGUUACUACCAGUCCUCCAAGUGUCCAACAAAGCCCUAUUAAGUGUCUGUAACCUUCUGCCAAGAAGCUGUGAGGUCCUGUCCACAGUUCUAAGCUCCCAGUCUUCUCAUCUGAGAGAGUUAGACCUGAGUAACAAUGACCUAAAGGAUUCGGGAGUAAAACUUCUUUCCGGAGGACUCGGGAGUCAACACUGUACUCUGAGGAGUCUAAGCCUCUCAGGCUGUCUGAUCACAGAGGAAGGCUGUGCUUCUCUGGCAUCGGCUCUGCGCUCCAACCCUUCUCAUCUGAAAGAGCUGGACGUGAGCUACAACCAUCCGGGGGAAACUGGCGUGAGGCUGCUGACUGCAGAGGAUUCUCCCUGGAGACCAGAAACGCUCAGGGUGGAGCCUGCUGGAGUCGAAUGGUUGAAACCUGGUCUGGGGAAGUAUUCCUGCCAGCUCUCACUCGACACGAACACAGUGAACAGAAAACUCCGGCUGUCUGAAGACAACAGGAAGGUGACUGGAGUAGACGACGUCCAGCCCUAUCCUGACUGCAAAGAAAGGUUUGAUUACUGGCCCCAGGUCCUGUGCAACGAAAGCCUUGCUGACCGCUCCUACUGGGAGGUGGUGUGGAGCGGGAAGGUGGAGGUCGCUGUGAGCUACAGAGGGGUCCGACGCAAAGGAAGCAGUAACGACUGUGAGUUUGGCUUCAACGACAUGUCCUGGAGUCUGAGCUGCUCCGACGACGGCCGUUAUUCCGUCUGCCACGAUCACCAACGGGAGUUCAUCUCCUCCUUCUCGUCGUCUGCUCUCUACCACAAAGUAGGCGUGUAUGUGGACCGCACAGCUGGGACCCUGUCCUUCUUCAGAGCUUCUUCUGCAACUCCCAUCCAUCUCCACACCCUCAAGAUAGAUUUCACCGAGCCGCUUUAUCCGGGUUUUGGCUUCUGGCCAGGCUCCUCGGUCGCUCUUUGUUCAGUCGAGUAGCGUUUACUCCUCAUAGAGACAGAAAAAAUCUGCUAAACACCGUUAAGUUUGGAUUGUUCAAUGAAAUAUUUUUGAUAAAUAUUACUGUUAAGUAUUAUUGUGCACAAGAAAUAUGUACAAUUUUGUCACUUUGUAUGCUACUUUUGAUUUUGUACGUUUGCUAAAACUAAAUGAACUCGCUACUGGGGUUUAAAGUUAAUGUGGAAACUGAAUCUCAGUAAAAAAUGAAACAUGUUAGAAAUGCAUUUCAAUGUCGCUGAGUGAAGUAAGCAUUUGAUUGGCAGCGGAAUAUUGACUAAAACGCAGCAACCUGAUGCAGUCUGCAGUUCCUCCUCCGAUGCUGCCCGACUCCUCAGAGCAGAAAGUUUGGAAAACACUCCGCUAUGGUCUCACAGUGGGGGAAAUACAGCUGCACCCGCAGAAAAGAGCAAAUCUAGACUUGUUUACAGAAAAUCACUUUGAAAAACAUGGUUAUUUUAUGUGUUAUCGUGUUAUUUCUGUGGUGGUCUGCCACGUUCUUGAGUUUGCAUCCCUGUUUCUAACAACAUAAAUGUUUUUACCUGAGGGCCGCUGAUACAGCAAUCCUUUACAGGUGGAGCAGGAAAUACACCUCUUGAAAUCAUGCUGGUUGUUUAGUCAGCAGAAAUAUUAUUGUAUUAAUGUCUUUAAAAGAACACACAAAACACUACUUAUUUUAAUAAACAUGUCUUCUUUAAGAUAUACUUUCUGUGCUUUUUUUAACAGUUUUGCUGUGAUUCACUGGGGAAAAAUUAGAAAUGAACUAAAUGAAGCAAACCUGCCCGAACCAUCAGAAUCAGGGCUUAUAAAUCACUGCCCACUUCCAAAUAUUCUCAUCUGGCCGCAGCAGGCUGUGCGAUAAAGGGAAGUGUACCAACCCUGA